AUGAGUUCCGACAGCUACGACCUGAACGGCACCGACCGGGAGAUCCUCGCGCUCCUGCGCGCCGAGGACUCGCGGCAACGCCGGUUGACGCAGCGGCUUUGGCGGCGGGACCGCUGGCUCGUCGCCUACCUCUAUGCCGGCCCGCUCAUCCAGGCGGCGCUGAUCGCCGUUCUCUUCGCGCUGCUCUCCGACGGCGUGUGGCCCUUGCCCGGCACGCUCGGCGAGAGCCUCGGCCCGUGGGCCACGGCCGGCCUGCUCGCCGCCCUGUUGGGGGGCCUCGCCGUUUCGCUCUACCUGCGGGCCCUGGCCGCGCGGCGCCGGGCCUCGCGACGCCUCGACCGAACGCUCGCGGAAUCGCGGCGGACGGCCGAGGGCUAUCGGGACAUCCUCGAGACGGAGGGGGGCAUCCGGCGCGGGCCGGAGCCGGCACGACCCGUCUGGCGCCGCUUCGCGCUGGUCGACCUCGCCCUGGCCGCCGCCUCUUUGGGCCUCAUCGUUUACGAGGCCCUCAACCCGCCCUAUAGCUGGACGCUCCUGGGGUCGCUCCUGGUUUUCGUCGUGACCUCCGUGCGACUGGAGCUGUUCUGCCAUCGGGAGAUCAGCCUGGACCAGCAGGUCCGGCUGCUCGCGGCGGAAGAGCGGCACCUAGCCAUCCAGAUCCGCGCGCUUCGGGCCGAGCUGGAGCUGGAGCGGACCGUCGCCGCGGCGCGGGCCUGCCGAGUCUGCGCCGAGACGCUACCGCUGGGACCGCGGCCGGUGCUGCAGAUCGCGGCCAGCGCCCGCCUGAUGAUCGUCGGCCAGGCGCCGGGCACGCGGGUGCACGCCACCGGCCUGCCCUUCAACGACCCCUCGGGCGACCGCCUGCGCGCCUGGCUGGGCGUCGACCGCGCCACUUUCUACGACGCGCGGCGGAUCGCCAUCCUGCCGAUGGGCCUGUGCUACCCCGGGCGCGAUCCGCGCGGCGGCGACAAGCCGCCGCCGCAGGUCUGCGCGCCGACCUGUACGCCCAGCGCCACUACCUGGGCCGGGCGCGCCGGGCCAGCCUGA